AGAAGAAGCUGAAACAGCAGCACUGAUAAACGGCAACAGCGAACAGGAAAAUAACUUCACACGUGCAUCGAUAACGAUGGAAGUAAAAGAGGAACCUCAAGAACUUGUAGUGGAAGAGAUACAACAAGAACCUUGUGAUGUCAUCACUGAAGAAAAAUCUUCUGAUUGUUUACAAACAAUAACUAAGGAAAGAGGAAUCGAUCAUUCUUUCAUUUCCCAUCAGUGUGGAAAGAAGUCAACAAAUAAAGGACAUCAUAGCAAUAAAAUUAAAGAGAGACGGUACACGUGCCAGCACUGUGGGAAAAGUUUUACACGUACAAGUGAUCUUAAUAGACAUUUGAGGAUUCACACUGGAGAGAGGCCGUUUAAAUGCACUCAGUGUGGAAUGAGUUUUACAGAUUCAAGUCACUUUAAGGGGCAUUUGAGAACUCACACUGAAGAAAAGCCCUUCAUCUGUCUUCUGUGUGGAAAGAGUUACAGACAGAAAGGAACCCUUAAGUUGCAUGAACUAAUUCACACUGGAGAGAAACCUUACACCUGUCCUCAAUGUGAAAAGCGUUUUACAAAGAGAAGACUUCUUAAGUAUCACAUAACAUUACACACAGGGGUGAAACCUUACACCUGUCCUCAGUGUGAAAAGAGUUUUACACAGAAAGCUCAUCUUAAGAGUCACAUAACAAUUCACACUGGUGACAGACCUUACACCUGUCCUCAAUGUGGAAAGGGAUUCAUACAAAAAGGAUUUCUGGAAGAUCACUUGAGAAUACAUACAGGAGAGAAACCUUUCACGUGUACUUUGUGUGAAAAGAGUUUCACACAUGCAUCCAGUCUCAGAGUCCAUGAGCAGCGCACUCAUAAUGUAAAAAAAAAUAAUUUAACUGUGACGACUGUGGAAAAACAUUUGUUUCUGCAUUGAUCCUAUUUGUAUUUGUAUAGUUUUAUUUUUCACUGUUAUUGCUUAUUUAGACUUGUUUAAUAGACUAGAGUUUAUUUAAGUAAUAUUGCUGUUUUUCCGGUAAUAAUAAUACAAUUUACGUGUCAAUUAGGGGUGCACGAUUCAGAAAAUUUCACGAUUCGAUGCGAUUCCGAUUUUUAGGCUCAAGAUUCGAUUCAGAAUCGAUUUUCGAUUCAAAAACGAUUCACAGUAUGUAAAUGUAGUUUACUUUUUCCUAUGUGACUGAUUGUAGUAGAUAUACAAUUUUAAAGAAAAUAAACACAACAAAUUAAAUGUGGUUUGAUAUUACUUUGUCUUUAUGCAAAAAUAAAAACUGAUAUGAAGCAAUUAGAUAACCCCUUUUAUGCCUGGCUCACACCACAGGAUA